AUGCAUCCAUUAAAGCCUCGGCUUAGUAAAACUGUUGCUAAACUAGUAGUGAUUGUCGUGUGGAUAGGAGCAUUCAUUACAGCGGCUCCUAUACCCAUAGUGUCAGAGUUGCAGAGACCUUCACCUUAUCAUCAAGUGUGUGAAGUAGACGUGUGCGGAGAACAUUGGUCAACUCCGGAUCGGAGUAGGCAGUACACCAUAGCGUUGCUCGUUCUUCAGUUCGCCCUUCCACUGAGCGCGCUGGUAUGCACUUACGCUCGUAUUGCAUGCGUCGUUUGGGAUGUUAGACCGCCCGGAGAAGCUGAUGAGGAUCGGGAUUCCAGAAUGGAACAUUCAAAACGAAAGAUGGUCAAAAUGAUGGUGACAGUGGUCUUCGUGUUCACUAUAAGCUGGUUACCGCUCAAUGUUUUUAUUGUGGCAUGGACGGUGAACGGUGACGACGUGGUAUGGAGCUCUUGGCCUGGAUGGCCUUACGUGUGGUUCGCGAGCCAUUGGUUGGCAAUGUCACACUCCUGCUACAAUCCAAUCAUAUACUCCUACAUGAAUACAAGAUAUAGACAUGGAUUUAAGAAGGUAAUUCAAGUCAGUCAAGAGUCAGGAACUUAG